AUGGCACCCAAACUUCCACCAUUGAGAUUCGUGAGAUCGGUCAUGAAGUCAUUCAUGGCCGAGUCCGGCCUCGAGCCCAGACUACUUGGGCCUCAAUUCCGAGUCACCGGUGCCACCCAGGGCAAGGUCAAUUUUGAGCUCGACAUCACCAAGGACCACACCAACCGUCUGAAGAUCAUCCACGGCGGAACCAUUGCCAGCAUGGUUGAUCUUGGUGGAUCUCUGGCUGUUGCGUCUAAGGGACUCUAUGCCACCGGUGUGUCGACGGAUCUCAACGUUUCCUACAUUAGUGGUGGUGGGAAAGUCGGUGAGAAGAUCCUCGGAACCGCUGUGUGUGAUAAGAUCGGCAAGACCCUCGCCUACACCACCGUCACCUUCCGCAACCAGAAGGGCGAGCUUUGUGCCCGUGGCAGCCAUACCAAGUUUGUCACCCACGCCUGGAACGCACAAGGUGGCUCCGAGCUUUUUACAGUUCCGGAGGGAGGCGCCGUUGCCGAUGAGGUGGAUUGA